AUGUCGGUUCGUGUGGUCGCGCGCAUUCGUCCGCUUCUCGAAAAGGAACUGGACAAGGAUACCAUUGUUCGCGCCGACAGCACCGACGAGGGCAAGCCCGCAACCUUGGUCAAGAUUCCGAAUCCCAAGAACGAGGGCGAGGAGUUCUCCUUCGCCUUCAACAGCGUUUACGACCAGGCGACGACGCAGGACGAACUCUUCACGUCGGAGGUCGCACCUCACAUCAAGGCGCUCUUCCAGGGCCUCGACGUCACCAUCUUCGCAUAUGGGGUCACGGGAACGGGCAAGACGCACACGAUGCGUGGUGGUCUGAAGCUGGCGGACAGAGGUGUCAUUCCACGCCUGCUGAGCGGCGUAUACCGACGUGGCAAGAAGAUCACCAAGGACACGAAUGGCGAGACGACAGUCGACGUCGCCCUGUCAUACUACGAAAUCUACAACGACAAGGUCUUCGACCUCUUCGAGCCGCCAGAGAAGCGCCAGCCCGCAGGUCUCCCUCUCCGCGAGAAAGACGGCAAGACCAUGGUGGUGGGCCUUUCGGAACGCGCUUGCGAAGAUCUACACGAUUUCUCGCGACUCUACAUUGAAGCGAACAACAACCGCGUCACAGCCGCCACGAAGCUCAACGCUCACAGCAGUCGGAGUCACGCCAUCAUGAGGGUCAAAGUGACCCAAACGACUGGGGACCAGGUGCUAGAAAGCACGGCGUCGGCCAUUGACUUGGCUGGCUCCGAGGAUAAUCGUCGGACGGACAACGGGAAGGAAAGACUGGUGGAGUCGGCCGCAAUCAACAAGAGUCUCUUCGUGCUGUCACAAUGCAUUGACGCCAUCUCUCGGGGCGACAAGCGAAUCCCUUAUCGCGAGUCCAAGAUGACGCGUAUCCUCAGCCUCGGCCAGAACAACGGCAUCACCAUCAUGAUUUUGAACCUGGCACCCAUCCGCAGCUACCACCUCGACACUUUGAGCAGCUUGAAUGUCAGCUCCAGAGCCAAGCGCAUCGAAGUCCGCGAGAUUGAGAACGAGGUUGUUUUUAAGCAGGUCCCCCGUACAAACUCGGCUGGUUCCGCCAUGGCACAGCGACAACCCCUCCGCCCUCUGCCAAACGCGCACAACAUCCACAGCGGUACAAUCGCGUCCAAGGCUAACGAGAAGGCCGACGUCACCCGUCCGGUCAAGCUUUUUAACGUAUACACGGACCGUAGCAAAACUGUGGCCCCGGCUCGUCCGACGGCCAAUACCACUCAACUGCGGAAGCCGCUCGUGGCGCCCAAGGUCACCAAGAUCGCCCAACCCCCCCAAGCCCCCCAGCCCGCGCAACAGAAGCUUUCCAUCUCUGCCGAGCAACUCGAGGCCAUCGUUGAGAAGAAGGUCAGCGAAAUCCUUGCGUCCAGAGAGAGCAAGACGGCCGAGCCGGCCCCAACACCUGCUCAUCCUGACAUCAAUGACGCUGUCCGGCGCCGAUUGGAAGCACUCGAGCGCCGAAUCGAGAGUGAGGAGCGGGAACGCGACGACACUCGGUCAGAAGGACUGCGUUGUCUGUUGGCAGCCAGACAAGCGAAGGAGGCUGGGAACGACGUCGUGGCGUUGCAGAUGUACGAACAGGCUCUGCCCUUCUUCCCUGGCCAGGCCAAGUUGCUAGGCAAGAUAGAGAAGCUUCGCUCGAAGCUUGGCAACAAGCUCCCCACCGAGUCGGCUUGGGCCCCCGCAGUAUCUCGUGAUAAGCACGAGAAGAAACGCAGACGGAUUUCCGACGAGAGUGACGACGAGUUUCACCAGGAGGCGAGCGCGAAUGAGGACAUGAGCUUUGUGGACGUCUCGGCCAAGACGAAGAGCCGAAAGGCCAAGCCGACCAAGAACCACACGACGGUCUUCCCUGAGGUCACCGGGCCGGCCUCUCCCCAGACGCAGAACCUCCUGAACAUCGUUAACUCCCGAGACAUUGCCCAGAUCAAGGGCUUGCACGGCUUCGGGUCCAAGAAGGCGCAGGACCUUGUUGACUAUCUCGACACGAGGUCCGAGGAGGGCGGCGCUCAGAUCGAAUCAUUGGCGCAGCUCAAGACCGUCCCUGGAAUGGGUGGUCGAACUGUCGAGCGGGCGUACGACGGGCUCGUCGGCGCCGUUUAG